AUGAAGGAAGUGCGCUAUGACAAGGAGGCGCGCACUGUAAUGUCGGAUGCUGGCUUUGCUUAUCUGGUGUACUACAGCAAUGAUCAAGCUGCUAAAAUGCUCCGUUGUGUGUGUGCUUUCCCCAGAGAGCAAGUAAAAGUGGAUGUGGGAAGUGCCCGAGUAUUGGCUGUAACUUGCGAAGGUAAUUUCUUUUCGUUUGUUGUGGACUAA